UGAACCUUAUAGCAAAAUCUCUAAUAAUUAAUAGUUAACAUUUUAUGGUAAUUAAAUUGAAUUAAUCAGUGAUUAGUUUAGAGAUUAAAGAAGAGGGCGAAGUUGUUGCAUGGCAAAAGGUCGAAACCCGACGACGAUGAACCGGAGCGAUCGAUACCUUGGAAGUUACAGUUACGGUGACAGUCAUGGUAACUCCGUCACCGACGAAUUAGAGCUCGCUGAGGAAGACAUCUGGUCACCGGCCGUCAUUCACGACACCACCGAGACAGACGAAUCAUACGGUGCGUGGAACUUACGCGCUACCUUGGGACAAAACGGGCGCGUGGGAGGAUUGUCGCUGGCUUUCGAGGGCUCUUUGGCCGCGCCGCCGUCGUCUUCGCCGAUGAUAGUGCAGAAGAUCAACGGCGGAGGAGGUGAGGGAGAAGAAAUCCGGCGUAAAUUGGCGUCGUCGGCGCCGGUAAACGUACCGGACUGGAGUAAGAUAUACCGAGUGGACUCGGUUGAGUCAAUACACGAGUUAGACGACGAUGAUGAAGAGGAUGAGGAAUCCGGGAUGAUGCCGCCGCACGAGUACCUUGCUAAGAAUCAAGCACGGCGGAGCAGGAAGAUCGGAGGUGGAGGCGGCGGUGGCACGUCGGUGUUUGAAGGCGUCGGAAGGACUCUCAAAGGCAGAGAACUAAGACGCGUUCGAGAUGCGAUUUGGAGCCAAACAGGGUUCUACGGCUAAGUAAUAAUUAAUAAAUGAAAAAAAAAACA